GCAACUCUAGAGAACUAUCGGCGAUGGCUACGUUCCAGGUUGCACCUCCAGAGACGUUUGAUUUCUCGUCCCCUGAGCAAUGGCCAGGGUGGAGUCGUAGAUUUGAGAGAUUCCGAACCGCUUCAGGUCUCGUGGAGAAAGAAGACGCAAUGCAGGUCAGUACACUCGUGUACUCCAUGGGCGCUCAAGCAGAAGAUGUUUUAGCGUGUCUCACCCUCACUGAGGAGCAGAGAACGAAGUAUGCAGACGUCAAGGCUGGGUUAGAUGGCUACUUCGUAAAGAAACGAAACGUGAUCUUUGAAAGAGCAAAAUUCAACCAACAACGCCAGACGAGAGAUGAACCGGUCGAGACAUUCAUCACAGCGUUGUACAGCUUGGCGGAGCAUUGUGAGUUUGGGACACUCCGCGAAGAGCUAAUUCGCGACCGCCUGGUGGUAGGGUUGCGGGAUGCCAAAUUAUCGGAAGCGUUGCAGAUGGACUCAGAUUUGACUCUUUCGACGGCAAUAACAAAAUCUCGUCAGAGCGAAGCUGUAAAAGAGCAGCAGACUGCAGUUCGAAAAGAACUACCCUUGGAAUCUCAGAAGUCAACAGAGUUGGAAGCAGCUCAGACGCCGCGUGAAGCGAUCGCUAACAGGGCAACGAAAAAGCAAGCCGGCGCAUUUUCAAGCUAGUCGAGUCAGCAAAAAGCAAA